ACUUUAACACUGUUGCCGCGGGUUGUUUUUUUAGGUUCACGGGUUGAAACGACCCCAAUAGCGUGAUAUUUAGCCGCUGUUAUGGGAAUUUUACUGGAGGAUCCCCGCCGAAAAACAUGAUUGUGCUAGCCUUGGGCUAGUUUUUUGUAGCAAAUGGGCGGGUUUUGUUGCCAAAACCUGGCAACCCUGUCGUCACGCCCUCAACCAGUGUUUAUUUCAGUCAGUCCAGCUUUAGCCAGGCAAACCGAAGGAUCUUCCAUUUGUGCUGGAUUUUAAUGUUUAGAGUACAGACAUACAAACUAAAAUGUCAAAAUCCAUCAAAGAGUUCAGUCUUCACUACGACCCCAUUAAUGAAAGCAAUACUUUUACUAGUGGGGAUAUUGUGGAGGGACGAGUUGUUUUGGAGGUUAUCAAAGAAAUAAAGGUGGACAGUUUUUUUGUGAAGCUGACGGGGGACGCACAUGUGAGCUGGACUGAAGGCUCAGGUGACGACGAAACAACCUACAGCGACCACGAGAGAUACUUCAAACUAAAGCAAUACUUCAUUCAAGAGAGCUCGAAGAAAGGAGAAGGCGAAAAGAAUACAACUCUUAUAGAUGGAGAGACUUAUGGACCAGUGAUUAGCCCAGGAUGUCAUGUUUUUCCAUUCAGAUUCCAGCUGCCUAAACAAAACAUGCCUCCAUCUUUUAAAGGAUUUCAUGGCUCGGUUAAGUAUGUCUUGACAGUAAAGCUGAGCAGGCCUUGGAAGUCAACAUCUUCUACACAUACAGAAUUAAACUUUGUGCUGAGAAAUGAUGGGACCAAUGAUCAUUUACUGCAACCACAAUCUGGCACACAAGACAAGAAGAUGAAACUUUUUGGCUCAGGAAAAAUGUCAGUGACUGUAACAACUGAAAAAACUGGCUAUAUGCAAGGUGAAACAAUUAAAGUUUUUGUCGACAUUGACAACUCUUCAUCUCGUGAUGUCAAGCUAAAGUACAGCCUCAAGCAGCUACAAACGUUCAUCGCUGGCAAGAGCACUAAUAGAGGACAUAAGGAUAUAGUCAAAGAGACUAGAGAUCGCAUCCCUUCUGGAGAAAAGUCUAAAUUUAUAGUGGACAUGGCACUUCCACAUGACCUGACUGUCACCUUUGAAAACUGCAGAAUUCUAAAAGUGCAGUAUGAACUUAAGGUAUAUCUGGAUGUGUCUUUUGCUUCAGAUCCAGAAGUCAGAUUUCCUGUGGUCAUUCUUCCAGCUGAACAACAGUGUCCUCCCUGGCAAGGCCCACCUGGAGGAUUCCAGCCAUAUCCACCACCUCAGCCUAACCUUGUGCCUUAUCCUGGUGAACUACCUCCUCCACCUGCAGGACUUUACCCCAAUUUGUAUGACCCUACAGUGCUGCCCUUUCCAGGAACUGCUGCAGGGGUCUAUCCAAAUCCACAUGCCAUCCAGCCUGGUUUCCAUCCAGAUCCUUCUGCACCGGUUUAUGAUCCAAAUCAAAGCACUAUAUAAUUCUGUCCUAAUAUGCCUUCUUGGUGUCCUGUACCAGCCUUGUCUCCAUGCCUUCUGUCUACAAGCUCAGUGCCUAUUAUUGUGCCUUUUUAAGCUUAGCACUUUUGUCACUAUACAGCAAAUGUAUACAGACCUUAUGUAGCCCCGCCCCUUUUCAGCACUGCAGUCAUUGUCUUCUGUUUUCAGUUUAUAUUUUCACAACAUGGAAGUAAAACGAUAAGGAUUUUUGUAUGAACCUGCAGUUUUAAAAUCUUCCCGGACAAUUGUUUUGACAUUGAUUUCAAAGUUUUUAGUGCUUAUGAUAACUUUUGUUAACACUAGUCCAAUUCACUCGCUAAAACUCUUCGACAGCAAUGUUGUAGAUAUAUACAGAGCUCCUGCAAAACGGAAGUUCAAAAUAACAUUUUAAGAUGACUCUUUGCUUCUUUCUCUGGAGCAUAAGGCCUACAAGCAGUUUGAUAGUAUAAAAACCCUUUAUCUCUAACCACUCCUACUGAAACAUGUUUUGCUGAUUGUACUGCAGUUGUAUUGAUACUGUACUGCAUUUGGAAUUUUGACCUCCAUCCAUGAUUAAAUUAUAUAUAAACUGUAUCUAUUACUGCAAAAAAAUGCUGCAUGCUUAUACAUGUUUAUUUACUCAAAUGUGACUAAACGUAACAACAGACCCUUUGAAUUUAUGCUAAAAUAAAUGUGGUGACAUGAAACAAUUAAAACAUCUCAGUCUUGCUUUCAAGCUUGAUUAUUUUACAAAACAUUAAUUUUUAUUAAAGCUACAAAAGUUAUUGGAAGAACAGUGGGUGCAUCUCAAGGUCUUUUGUUUGAUUAACUUUAAUGACACGGACAACAGCAAUUCUAUUUAGCAGCUGCAACUUUAGGUCCUAAUCAAUCAUAUUAACGCACAAGCAAUUUCUUUCCCACAUCUCAAAAACUGCAAGUCUUGUGGGGGUUUCCAGGGGCUCGUAUUUAGUACUUAGAUGUAUCGCUGAAUACAUCUGAGAUGAUUUGAAAGAUGCCAGAUCUUCUAGUCGUGAAAACUGAUCUCUGGCUAAUUUGGUUCUUCGAAUGAAUUUGCGGAUUUGGUUCAAAUUUCUUAAAUCAUUUAAUUUAAGAUUACUGCGCGCUCUCGUGUUCCCCGAAAAUGGCAGAUGUUAUCGAUACUCAGAACCACGAUCAGCAAUGCAGCGAUUUGCUUGUGACAAGACAGAAAUUAAAUGACAUAGUUUAACCUUCAUCCGUCCCUUAGGUCAUUUUGACCUGAAAAUGAUUUAACAAAAAAAUAAUAAAAAAAAUUCAUAUGUUGAUCGUACUGGCCCUAGAUUUAUUUACAUGUGUCACACUUGCUCUGGGAAUACACACACAAUUUUGAGUGGAUUCAGUGGAUUGAGAUUUUAACACUACUUUUAAUAAAGUUGAUUGUGGCGUUCAGCAUUUAGUUGUGGCAGUUUUUGCAUCGUGUUAUAAACUAUAGCCCAUGUCACGUAGCUUAUAACACACUCUGACGAAGUCAUAAGUCACCUUUAAUCUUUAGGCUACGCCCUGUGUUUUGUUUGGUUUAUAUUUGUUUGGUUUGUAUUAUUGAUAUGAAUGUUUGUUUUCUAUUGUUGUUUUUUUUGGGGGGUUUAUUUUUCCGGUCUAAGGUGCACAUAAGGUCAAGGAAAAGAGAUGCCAAAAAGGGUUAUUUUUGUAGUUAUUUAUUCAAAGCUUCAUUUUUAUUUCCUUACCUUUUUUCCUCUGGGCUCAUGACUGCAGCAUGGUUUGGGGAUGAGGGUUUAAGAGGAAGUGUGGCCUUCCUGUUUUCUAUUGUAUACAAUCAAAUGGAAUUUUGGGUAAUGUAGGCAUAGUCUACUGGCUAGUCAGAGCAGGGGGGUCAUGGUUUAUUGUUUAUUUUGAAUGUGUGUAUAUGUAAAUGUAUUGUUCAGUUUUUGAAUGUAUUUUUGUAAUGUUGAUCUUAUGUUGUUUUGAACUUUAUCUUCAAUUGAGUUUAUGUGGCUGUUUAUGUGUGUGUUUAUGCUUUUUCUUUUUGUGGGUUUUCCUAUAAUUUGGGAUGGUUUGACCCUUGAGUUUAAAAAAGGGCAUACUUGGCCUCUCAGGGUUUAGUGUUGGUUGGGACCUCCAUGAGGAGGGUCAACUGUAAUGUGUCCAGUGUCAGAUGUGAGUCAAUAAACUUUUUUUU